GGCGAGGAGAGCCCCCCACCUCCCACCCCCUUAUCUGCCACCUGCCUGCAGCAGCUGAGGGGCCUGUGCCAGAAAAUUGCCCAGGACAAAGCAGAGGGGCGAAGGAAACUGAAGUGGUGCCUCAGUGAGCAGCCUGGCACCGCUGGGGGUGCAGCCGAGGCCGUCCCUGCGGGUGGGAAGCGCAAGAAAGCGUCUGAGGAGAGCCUGGAGCUGGGUGAGGGCAGGGAGGGGAAGAGGCUGCUGCUGGAGGAGGAGGUGUUUGACCCCCCUGGAACGCAGGAGGGUGGGGAUGGGGCAGAGGAGGUGCCUGCGGAGCCUUCGCAGGACAGAUCUGCUCAGAGCCUGGAUGGAGCCGCUCUGGAAAACUCCCAGCGGGAUGAGGAGCCCAGGAGAGCUUCCCAGGCAGAGCUGGCAGCAGAGGUCCAGUCCUUUGUCCAGGUCCAUGGACCGAGGCUGAAGAUGCUGCUGCAGAAGGAGUCAGAUCACUUGGUGCCGAGCAUCCCACCUGAACUACAGGUCCUGACCACCUGCCUCCCUCCCCAGCUCGAGGGGCUCUGCUCCUUCCUCCAGCUCCCCACGUGCCCGGAGCAGCUCCUGGUGCGGUUCUGUGGCUGGCUGCUGGCUCUCAGCCCUGACCUCAGCUACGGCAGUGCGGCUGUCCUGGCCCAGCAGCUCUUCCUGGGGCGAGUCCUGGCCCUCGCCCAGCCGCCCUCUCGCCACCUCCUGGCUGCCCUCGCCUCGUUUUGCUCCAAGUAUUCCCAGCCCUUCUGCCGGGUCCUGGUGGCCGCAGUCCUGCGGGAGCCUGGGGGAGGUGCUGAGCAGACCAAGCUGGUGUGUGAGCUCGUGGAGGAGUGCCUGGAGCCAGACUGCGUGCGGCUGGUGCUGAGCCAAGUCCUGGAGGUGCCUUUGUCAGAGAAGCUCCUGCCAAUAGUGCAGGCUGUGCUGGGGCGGCAGGAGGUGCUGCCCCCCAAGCUCUUUGACCUCUUGGUCCAGACCCUGUGCCAGCAGGCUCCAGCCUUCGCCACAUCCCUGAAUUAUGCCAAGCUGGUGACAGCCGUGCUCACCCUCUACCAGAGCCAGGUCACCCCAGCCCACCGGAGCAGUCUGGCUGCUGCUCUGGACCGGAGCAACGCGGCUCUGAAGAAAUCACUGCAGGCAGUGCUGGAAGGAGCCAG